AAAAACAGUAAAGCUGGGAGCUUUGCUUAAAAAAAGUGCUGAAGCACAUAAUUAACCGGCGCUGUGAUGUGGCCUUCGCUCCGUGGGUUAGGUCACUGGGAGGGAAUGUGGAAAGGGAGAGCAGCUGGGAAACAGAUCAAAGAUGAAGGCUGUGCUCUUUAUUUUCUGAUCUCCCCGAGGAGGGCCUGUGGGACUGUACAGAACUUGUGAUGUGUAGGGGAAGGGGGGAAGGUGGGGAAAACCGGGUGGAUCGGGGAAGGGCAAGGGAGGGAUAAUAGGAAGGGGGUGUUAAAGGGGUUGGUUGUGGGUAAGCAGCAUGCCCUGUGCCUGGUCACUGCUGUCUGUCCCAUUUUCUCUCUAAAUCCUUUUUCUCUCUCCAUGUAACAUCCCUCCACCCACGCCAGGUGCUGUGCCGUGCAAGGGGCAGCAGCUGGGGUAGGGGCUGUGGUCAUCAGGACCCUGGGCUGGGCUGGCAGCAGCAGGGCACGAGGGAUGGGACCCUCUUCUGUCCCCCAACUGUGGCAGGGGACAUGGAGAAGCAGAAGAAAAGAUGGGUAAAGCUCUUGGAAAUCUUUCCUUGAAGCCUUUGUGCUUUAUGCAGCAGCCCAUUAACCCCGGUUGACUGCAGUGUGCCUUCCACCUUAAAAAUCCCUGCCUGUUAGCCAAGCAGAGAGAUGUCCUCACACUACAGGGGAAAAACAAAUACUUGCUGCCAAUCCUGGCAGAUGCUGUCAGCUCUGCAUCUGCAUAUCAGCCCCUGGAUGGGAAUAAAAAGCACUCGCCUGCCCAGCCUGGCUCGGGGUCACGCUCCCGGCCGGGCACGGGGCUCUCAUGGAGCUCUGGGCAGCUCUCCUCUGUGCCUUGGUGGCAUCGCUGCUCGGUGGGCUCUACCUCCUGGGUGCCUUCCGGAGCCGAAGACCCAAUGAGCCCCCUCUGGACAAAGGUGUCAUCCCCUGGCUGGGCUACCUGCUGGAUUUCCGAAAGAACAGUUCCGAGUUUCUAAAAAAGAUGCGGAGGAAACACGGGGAUAUUUUCACGGUGCUGAUCGGAGGCCAUUACUUUACCUUUGUGAUGGACCCUUUCUCCUUUGGAGCCAUCAUGAAGGAAUCACGAUCUAAGCUAGAUUUCAGGUCCUUCGCAUCUAAAUUGGUCCUCCAGGUGUUCGGCUACAAGCCCAUCCAAGCCAGCCAGAGCACGAUGCAUGCUUUGAGCAUGAAGCACCUGACGGGAGAUGGGCUCAGCCUCCUGACAAAGGCCACCAUGGGCAACCUUCAGAAGCUGAUGUUUUCCAAGCUGAGCUCAGGAGAGGAGAAGCGACCGUGGCAAGAGGACAACCUCUUCCACUACUGCUACAACAUCGUCUUCAGAGCCGGGUACCUGGCACUGUACGGCACGGAGUCCCACAGAGGGGUAGAUAACGAGGAGGAGGCUAACGAGCGAGAUCUCGUUAACUCCAACCAGCUGUUCAAUGAGUUUCGGAAGUACGACCACCUCUUCCCUUGCCUGGCCUAUGCUAUGUUGCCCCCCAAGGACAAACUUGAAGCUGAGCGGCUGAAGAGGUUCUUCUGGAGCACGCUGUCCGUGAGGAGGAGCUGUCAGAAGGACAACGUCAGUGGGUGGAUAACCGAUCAAGACCAAUUUCUGGUAGAAAAUGGUGUCCCUGAGUACAUGCGGGAUCGUUUCAGGUUUAUGCUCCUCUGGGCAUCCCAAGGCAAUACAGGCCCCACUGCCUUCUGGCUCCUCCUCUACCUUAUGAAGCAUCCAGACGCCAUGAGGGCUGUGAAGGGAGAGGUAGAGAAGGUCUUGAGGGAGAACGGCCACAAGGUGAAGGCUGGGAGCCCACCAACUGACAUCACCAGGGACAUGUUAAACCAGACUCCUCUUCUGGACAGUGCCCUGGAGGAGACCCUGAGGCUGGUGGCAGCCCCGUUGCUGGUCAGAGCCAUCCUCCAGGAGAUGAGCCUGGAGAUGAGCAAUGGCACGGAGUAUGUGCUCCGCCAAGGAGACAGGGUGGCUCUGUUCCCACACCUCUCCGUGCAGAUGGACCCCGAAAUCUACCCCGAGCCUCACAAAUUCAAGUACGAUCGCUUCGUAAACCCAGAUGGCACCAAGAAAGAUUUCUACAAGGAUGGGAAACGGCUGAAAUACUUCAACAUGCCUUGGGGGGCGGGCGUAUCCAUCUGUCCUGGGCGGUUCUUCGCCACCACCGAAAUUAAAUUGUUUGUCUUCUUGAUGCUGGCUCACCACGACCUGGAGCUGGUCGAUGGCGAAGAGGAGAUCCCAGCCAUCGAUGUCAGCCGCUGGGGUUUUGGGACCAUGCAGCCCAUCCAUGAUGUUCGCUUCAGGUACCGGCGGCGCUUCUGAGAAGGCCUGGUUGUGGUUUUUGGUUGUUGUUCAGGUGUUAUCUGUGAAAUAAACUGCCAGAUCGCA